CCGGCGCAGGGUGAUCACCGAAGCCAAUAACGCCUUUCAAAAUUAUGUUAAACAUUUAGGUUGUCAUGGAAACCAGUUGGACUCCUGGUUGGCUGAAUCUGUGGGGGGUAUGAAUACUUGUGGUCUCCAGGUUAACCUCCUCCUCUGGCCGCAGCCUGCCGUUCCCCUCCAGUCCGGCAGGUGGCGGUAAUCCUGCCCGCUAAGUGCCGGACUACAGCUCCCAGAGUGCACCGCGGCCGGCAGGCUGUAAACACGUCCAUGAAGGACGCGCAGCAGGAUGAUCGUGUUUGUGCGGUUCAACCGCGGCCCCGGCGUUGCCAUGGAGCUGAGCGCGGCGGCCCGCGUGGCGGAGCUGAAGGAGAUUGUGGCGAGCCAGCAGGGAGUUCCUGCCCAGGAGCUCCGGGUUCUGUUCGCCGGCAGGGAGCUGCAGAGUUCCGCCUCCCUCCAGGGCUGUGACCUCCCAGAGCAGAGCACGGUCCAUGUGGUGCUUCCUCCUCCAGGCUCCCUCCACCUGCCGCCGCCGCAGGAACACCUGGCUGCCAGCGUAACAAGGCUGACCCGGCUGGACCUGAGCUCCUCCAGGCUGGCCGCCGCCGCCGCCACAGUGCAGACCACCGUCCUGGAGGGAGGAGGAGGAGAUGAAGAUCAGAGGACAGAGCAACAGGCUGCAGCUCCUAAAGGUGUGUGUAGUACCUUCUUCGUGUACUGUAAGCGCUGCUCAUCCAUCCAGUCAGGGAAACUCCGUGUUCGCUGUCGGCGCUGCAGACAGAUGACGCUGACGCUUUGCAGGGGUCCUUCCUGCUGGGAUGAUGUUCUCCUGCCUGGACGGAUUCAUGGCGUCUGUCAGUUUGAAGGUUGCCACGGCAAUGAGGCGGAGUUCUACAUGAAAUGUGCGUCUCACCCCACGUCAGAGGACGACGUCUCGGUGGCGCUGGACCUCGUCCUGUCCAACACCAGAAGCGUUCCCUGCAUCGGCUGCACCGACAUCAGGGACGUGGUUCUGGUCUUCCAGUGUUCGGACCGUCAUGUGAUCUGCCUGGACUGCUUCCAGCGCUACUGCCAGACGCGGCUCAACGAGCGGCAGUUUAUUUAUGACGCUGUGAUUGGAUACUCGUUGCCAUGUGCAGCUGGCUGUGAAAACUCUCUGAUCAGAGAGUUACAUCACUUCAGGAUCCUGGGAGACAAUCAGUACGGCCGCUACCAGCAGUACGGCGCUGAGGAGUGUCUGCUGACCGCCGGCGGCGUGCUGUGCCCCUCACCUGGCUGUGGGGCGGGGCUUCUACCACCUGAGGGCAGCAGGAAGGUGGAGUGUGACCGGCGGCUGCUGGGCUGUGGCUUCGUCUUCUGCAGGGACUGCAGGGAGGGCUUCCAUGAGGGGCCGUGCGAGGGCCCUGCGGCCCCGCCCCCAGCGGACGCCUGCCAGGGCUUCGUGGUGGAGGACGAGGCGUCUCAGAGAGGGAGGUGGGACCGGGCGUCUCUGCAGCUCAUCCAGGAGUCGACCCGGCGCUGCCCGCGCUGCCUGGUACCUGUGGAGAGGAACGGCGGCUGCAUGCACAUGCAGUGUACCCAAUGCCGAGCGGAGUGGUGCUGGCUCUGCGGCGCCCCCUGGAACAGGGAGUGCAUGGGGAACCACUGGUUUGGAUAGAUGCUGCGGCCAGGCUCCGCCCACCGCCGGGGGGGCGUGGCUCCGUCCAUCAUCGGUUCAGACUGUGGAUUUGUCCCUGAGUGUAAAUAACAGAAUAAAAUGUGAGAACCCGA